GUCCCUUCCACCACAUCCUCACCCUCUUUGUUUCUUUCAGUUCGCUCCCGUCAUGACGAAGACAUACAUUAUGAACGGGCUCAUCGAGAAGAUGCAGUCCUCCGACCAAGACUUCCGGUACAUGGGUCUCAAUGACCUCCUGGUUGCGAUCAAGGAAGAUCCGAAUACGUUCCUCGGCGAUGAGCCAACGGAGACCAAGGUCUUGCGCCAGGUCCUGGCACUUGUGGAGGAUAAGAUCUCUGAGGUGAAGAACCAGGCCGUGAAGUGCCUGGGUCAGCUCAUCAAGAUCAUCCGGGAAUCUCAGAUGGAGUAUGUGGUGGAUAGGCUCAUCGACUUUUCGUCAGGCAAGGACGAUGAGUUGCGAGAUAUAUCGAGUUUGGCGCUGAAGACAAUCACGUCCGAGCUACCACCAGAAGGCAAGAUUGCGUCUAAGGCAUGUGAGAAGCUCGCGCCCAAGCUGCUAUCGCAAUUGGCCAAGCCCGACACGCCACCAGACACACUCCUUGAGACGCUUUCCAUCCUGUCUAUCCUGAUCACUCGCUUCCCCGGUUACCUCGGAAAUCCCGACCUGCAGCCGCAGCCAUUGACCGUGCUCACGCCAAUGCUAUCGCAUUCGAGGAUAGCCGUCCGCAAGCGCGCAAUCACAACUCUUGCCCAGUUCCUACCGAGUACGCGUGUCGAGCUCUUCCAAGAACUGUUGUCUGGAAAGGUGCUGCCUGGUCUCACGCCAUCUGCGAAGGUGGAGGAGCAGCGCACGACCGUUCAGCUCGUGGCCGCGAUCGCGCGUCAUACGCCACAUCAAAUAGAGCCCGUACUGGGCGAAAUCGUUCCUGCCAUCAACAAGGCUCUUCAGCGGGAUGACGAGGAGCUACAAGAGAGUGCAUUGCAGGCACUGGAAGUGCUAGUUCUACGGUGCCCUACAGCGGUCACACCGUUUUUGUCCUCCAUCAUCCAAGUCGGAAACCAGUUCAUCAAGUAUGAUCCUAAUUAUGCAGGCGGGGACGAUGAUGAAGACGAAGAAAUGGCAGACGAAGACGACGACGAGGCUGAAUUAGACGACCAAUACUCCGACGACGAGGACAUGUCGUACAAGGUCCGCAGAUCCGCAACAAAACUACUAGCUGCUAUCAUCGCGACGCGCCCAGAGCUGCUCACCACGCUCUACAAAGAGGUUUCUCCGGUUCUGAUCUCCCGUUUCGGUGAUCGUGAGGAGACUGUUCGCGUCGAAGUUUGGUCAACAUACGGUGUCCUUCUCCAGCAAACGCGAGUGUAUGGGACCAGCACGCAGCAGAACGAUGUGGCUACCAUCGGCGGCAAGCGAAAACGGGCAGAAGGCAUGGAGGUGGAAGAGACGCCGUACACUUUGCUACGCUCGCAAGUAUCGUCGUUCGCCAAAGCACUGCUGAACCAGCUCAAGUCGCCCAAGACGCCACCCGCUACCCUUCAAGCUGGCUUUUCGCUGGUCCACACUCUGCUAACGGUCGUUCCGAACUCCCUGUCUUCGUACUCGUCGCAGAUCAUCACGACGAGCAAGGCUGUCCUGCAGCAGUCGAGUAAGGCCAAUGCUGCGCCGCUGCAGAUCACGUGUAUGUCCUUCGUCGGACUGUUCUUCUCGACCCACACGCCGGGUACGUUCACGGCCUCGCUGGACAGCAUCCUGCCGGUGCUCCUCAAGUCGCUCGGCGAGAAGCACCCACGGAUUGCGUCCGAGGCGUUCCGCGUCUUCUCGUCGUUGUUGAACACCAUGCGUCCGGUGAAGGGAGGCGCCUGGGUUGAUGCUGUCUAUAACGAGGCCGUGGCAAGACUCGGGAAUCAUGAUACGGAUGCGGAGGUAAGAGCGUGCACGGAGAACUGCAUUGGCGACUUGUGGGUGUGUGCUACGGAUGUCAUGAAGACGAAGCCAAGGAAAGAGUGGGACGCGAUGUGCAGGACCACAGGUCGUACGGAGGGCGCCGUACUCGUGGUCACGCGAGUGGCGAAGGAGGUUGAGAUUGACGACAACUGGGUUAAUGGAUGUGUCAACUGGCUGUUGACGUUGCUGAAGAAGAGUGGACGUGUCGGCAAGAGUGAUAUGUUCAAUUGUUUGGAUGCGCUGUUGAGGAGGUACAACGCUGUCCCACCAGAUCUCCCGACGACUACUAUCCCCACUCUGAAGGCUUACAUCUCCAUCUCGGAUAUUUCUCUUAUGUCACAAGCCGUUUCGAUCGUUGCCCUUCUCCUGGAGCUUACACCCGCCAACACAUACCCGGAGGUCGAGCGUGAAUUACUUACAGACAUCUACAAUAUUGCACACUCUCCGCUCGUUGCCGGCGCGGCCUUCGAAUCCGUACUGGCGUUCUUUGCGGCCCUAGUGCAGGCCGAUAUGGAGGUCGCCACACACCUCGUACCCAACCUUGUCAUCUCUGUCGAGAAGGCGCCGAAGUCGGACGCCUCACUUGCGAACGUGGCUCGCUGCAUCGGCCAGAUUGCAAUCUCCCAGCAGACAAUCGCGGCGGGUACGAUUGCCGAAUUUGCUAAACACCUCAAGCCCAGUUCGAAGGCGAAGGCAUCACAAAUUGUACUGAGUCUGCUUGUAGUGGGAGAAAUCGGGCGCUUCAUCGACAUGUCGUUGCAAGAGAGCGUCUUCUCCAAUGUGAUCGAGCGAUUCGCCGCUGAGCAGGAGGAGAUUCGCACAGCUGCUUCAUUUGCCGCCGGUAACAUCGCUGUGGGGAACCUCCACCACUUCCUCCCUGUCAUCGUGAAGAUGGUCGAGAACGAUCCUAGCAAACGACUGCUUUCCCUACACGCUCUCAAGGAGGUCGUGACGCACUGUUCACACGGCCAGCUCGAGACGGUCGCCGAUCUGCUCUGGGUACCGCUGUUCGAGAAUUCGGACAACUCUGAAGAGACAACGAGGAACGUCGCUGCGGCGUGCCUUGGCAAGCUGACCACCACGCACCCUUCGCUAUACUUGCCACAGUUGCAUGAGCGCAUCAGUGAUGCGAACCCCGCGUCCAGAGCAACGGUCAUCUCGGCCAUCCGCUACACGUUCGCGGAGACGUCCAGCUCGUACGAUGAGCUGCUCAGCAAUGUGCUCAUGGACUUCCUCGCGCUGAUCGCCGAUACCGACCUGACCGUCCGGAGGCUGGCGUUGUCUGCACUCAACUCUGCUGCGCGCCUGAAGCCGCAUCUGAUCCGGGACAGACUACAAUUCAUCCUCCCGAACCUGUACAAGGAGACCGUCAUCAACCCGGAGCUCAUCCGCACCGUGCAGAUGGGGCCGUGGACACACAAGGUCGACGACGGCCUGGAGGCGCGCAAGACCGCGUACGAGACGCUCUACACUCUACUCGACACCUGCCUGGCGAAGCUCGACCUGCACGAGUUCCUCGGGCGCGUGCUCGCAGGGCUCGCGGACGACUCGGACGAGGUGAAGGUGAUCUGCCACAUGAUGCUCUUCCGGCUGUCGCAGCUCGCGCCGACGGCGGUCGCGCAGCGGCUCGACGAGAUCACCGGUCCGCUCGAGAAGAGCAUGAAGGGCGCGACGGUCACGAAGGACACGGUCAAGCAGGAUUUGGAGCGCGCGGCGGAGCUCCAGCGCAGCACCCUCCGCGCGGUCGCGGCGCUCAGCAAGAUCAGCACGCCCGGUGCGAGCACGAGGUUCGAUGUGUUCGUGGAGAGCAUGAAGAAGAGCCCGGAGUGGGGCACAGAGUUCCGGGAGCUUGUCGGGGCGUGAGUGUGCGAAGCGCGGUGGGGACGACAGAAUGGGCCCUGGGGAGGCGCGUUAAAAUGAGACAGAAGGGAAAGAUAUACGAUUAUGUGCGGAGGUGAUGUUGUACUCAGCAAAGAUGUAUCUCUACUCAGUAUAGGCGUAAUAGCAUGUUUGACAGUGGUUCCGUGUGACUCAGUGUACAUAUCUCCUUGGUCGGCAACGGAGACUCGGGGAUUCUGGAUGUCC